CCAUAAUUUUCAGUAAAGCAAUAGCAAAACCAUAUGCAUAAUUAUAAUCAAUUCUCACUCCAUGAAAGCCACCAACUAACUUUUUGAAAAACCGUUAUAAUGAACGCAAAGAUUCAGUCAAAAGCCCGAGGAACCAGUUUUCCCGCUCAGAAAACCGUAUCUAAAUCUGGGUCAAUUGCGUACCAAUCCCUUUCCCUCUCCUCAACUCUCUCUCUCUCUCUUUUUCUCUCAUUAUUUCCUCUCUGUUGCGCUUCUGGACCAAACUGCUUCAUCCGUUUCCCAUUUGUCCUUUUCUUUGUUUGAAGCUCGUAACGUUUGAUUUUUACUAUGUUUUCUCCAGCAUCUACAUCUCUAAGAAAAUCCUCAUUGUCCAUCCACCGAGUUGUGGUUGCUGCUCAAAGGCUCAACUUUCGGCCAUUCUUCUCCCAGUCACAGAGGUCCACGUCAUUUUCGCCAUCUUCGUCGAGCUCUUCUUCUGGGUUUGGCCACGAUGAUGGUAAAACUAGAAGAUCUGGUUUCAAUACGUUUAUGGGAUCAGUCUCUUCUGGGUUUUUCAUUGUUGGGUCCAGCAUAGGCCUUGGUUAUUGUUACUCUUCUUCUCUGGAUGUGAAUUCCUUCUUGUCUUUCGCCGAUUACAGAGGUGAAGCAACGCAGGCAGUGGAUGAUGAUGAUCGGUUGCGACAAUCAGAACCUGAGAAGAAGUCCAAUUUCCUGUUUGGAGAUGCAUAUAGGAAAAGAGUUUUCUUCAAGUAUGAAAAGCGGAUUAGGAUGCAAAGUCCUCCUGAAAAGGUUUUCGAUUACUUUGCAUCCAUUCGAACCCCUGCAGGAGAGGUUUUUAUGACACCUGCUGAUUUGAUGCGAGCAGUUGUUCCCGUAUUUCCUCCCUCUGAAUCAAAUCGAAUUAGAGAGGGCUUCUUAAGAGGAGAAAGGGUUCCAGGCGAGUUAAAUUGUGCUCCUUCAAAAUUCUUUAUGCUUUUUGACACCAAUAAUGAUGGACUGAUUUCGUUUCCAGAAUACAUCUUCUUUGUUACAUUACUCAGUAUCCCCGAGUCAAGCUUUUCGGUGGCAUUCAAAAUGUUUGAUAUUGACAAUAACGGAGAAAUAGACAGGGAAGAAUUUAAGAAAGUGAUGGCCUUGAUGAAAUCCCAAAACAGACAGGUAGCUCGACACAGGGAUGGGCGACGUCUAGGGCAGAAAGUUUCAGUAGAAAAUGGAGGUUUGCUUGAGUACUUCUUUGGUAGCGAUGGCAAGUCAUUUCUAAAACAUGAAAGAUUUGUCCAAUUCUUAAGGGACUUGCAUAAUGAAAUAUUGAGAUUGGAGUUUUCCCAUUAUGACUACAACACAAGGGGAACCAUAUCAGCUACAGAUUUCGCUUUGUCCUUGGUUGCAUCUGCCGAUGUCAACCAUAUAAACAAGCUGCUUGAUCAGGUUGAUGAAAUUAACAAAGAACCAAAUCUCAAAGACAUACUUAUCACAUUUGAGGAAUUUAAACAAUUCGCAGAGCUGCGUAAACAGUUGCAGCCCUUCUCUCUGGCCAUCUUCAGUUUUGGAAAAGUUAAUGGGGUAUUGACAAAGAAAGAUUUCCAGAGAGCCGCGUCCCAAGUAUGUGGAAUCACAGUCACAGAUAAUGUGGUGAACAUAAUAUUUCAUGUGUUUGAUACAAAUCGCGAUGGGAAUCUAAGUGUAAAGGAGUUUGUUAGAGUUUUACAAAGAAGAGACAUUGAAUUCUCAGAUUCAGGACCCAGAGGGGGACUCAUAUCUUGUUGGUUGAGCUGUGCAGCUAACAGCUCAAAGACCAAGUGGCAUAUUUAAAUUUAUUGGCUGCGACAUAAUAUAUCUAAUCCGACCUGGGUCUGAGGUUCACUACUUGUCUGAGUUAGAAUUUAGUUUUCUUUUCCAGUAUUUGUUUUAGGAAUUUGUCAGGUCUAUAACAUAAGUAUUGUAAUUUAAACAAGGAUAGUGUUUGUCUUACUUAUUUUUUUGGUUGGUGCAUCAAUAAUUUCAUUUUUUUUUAGUUUUUAUUCUUUGAUCAUAAAGGUAGUUUGUAAUCAGUAGUAAAAUUAUCAAUGGUCUUUCGUGCGUGCUACAGCAAUGGCCUCUGCUGCUGAGCUGAGAAUAUACAGUUUUUUAUCCUUGUAUGCACGUGCAUACAAUUUCUGUUGUUACUGAAAAAUUACUUCUUUGAUAAAUGAAACUUCCUUCACAUCAUCCAUCUUGAAGAUUUUAUAAAUUUUCUGCUU